CAAAAGCAGCACGUUUGGACAUUGAGCAAUGCAAACCUAUUUGGCGGGAGUACUUUCUGCUCUUGAUCUCCGAGUUUGAGUUUAUCGCAGGAGCUGACAAAUGAGUGCUCCUAACAUACCCAACAAUACAAUCAGGCAUAAUUUAUUUGAUGUAUAUCGUCCUGAUUACCCUGUCACUGUUCCCAUUAUCUCCCAAGCACCAACGCUAGGCAGUGCUCCCAGAAAUGUAUUUACCACAUACUCUUCAAAUCCACAAUCCAGAAGUGUACAAAAAUCCACUGGUAAGAAAAGAAAAAUAAUUUAACCACUUAUCAUCGAAUUUACUUUGUUCUAUUUUUCUUCUUCUUCUUCUUUAGUCAAUAAUUCAAUGUCAAACUUUUCCCUAGUCACUACAAGUAAUAUUACCCAACAGAAUGCUAACAAUACGGCCAAUCAUCCAACCUUCAAUAAUCUCUUUCAAUCACUUUUAAGUGCGUCAACUUCUCAACAGGCGUCUAUGCCGCCUGCUAAUGUAACAGGUUAUGUGAAUACAAUAGCAUCAGGGCAAAAUGGAAAUUUAUUCACUAGUUUUCGACCUGCACAGUUAACUUAUCAGUCAAAUAAUAUACGUAUCACUUUGCCUACAAGUGUUUCACUUGUAUCUCCUCAUGUCACAGUGAAUUCAAAUGCUUUAAGAUCAUCAAAUCCUACUUCAUCACAUAAUAAUAUGAAUAAUGGGACACAAAGUACAAUAACAACUACAGCAGCAACAGCAACAACGACAACAAAAACAACAACUGCAACCACGACUGGUCGAUUUAGCAAAGCAAUGUCUACAGAAUCAUUGUUUGUUUCAACUAAUCUUAUUCCAUGCAAUGGGAUGAAGAAGUUAGGCGCUAUGACAUUUCUUCGAUGGGCAGCAGCGUGUACACAUGCCUUCAGAAAGGACCGAAUAUCUGUAUGGCCUAAAUCUAAAGUUGAUAUCGAUGCACUACAUGAAAUGAAUUGGCUUAUCUCUCCACCUGGCCUACUUGGCAUUUAUUCAGAAUCACCAUUUCUACGUCCUGCUGUAUUACUACGUCGUGUACAAUUUGCAGCUCCUGGAAGUAUAAAUCCAAAUAUCCCCGAUGUUGAUAAUAUGGUCCGUACUCUUCGUGAAAUGGCUGAUGCUAAAGCAACAAAAUAUUCACGUUUUGCACCGCAUUUCCCGUCAUCUGCAGCUUCUGUUGGAUUUACAACUGAUUAUAUGACUUAUAUAUUUACGUUGGAAUUAGAACGUCAAGUUGUUCGACUGCUGUUACGUUCUAAGAAUAUUGGUCAUUCAAAUUGGCGAGUAGUACUAAGACUUGGCUGGGCUACAACAGAUUUCUACGUUCCAGGUGAUACAUCUUCGAACAGUGCAAGUCACCGUGCUAUUGUCCCGGAAUCACUACCACGUUGUCUUUCUGUUCGUGUUGGUGGUCGAGUUAUCCCCCUGCCUGAUCCUAUUUUCCAUGGGGGUCAAGCUCAACGUUUAGGCAAACGACUUCGUAUGUCUAUUGAUAUUACUGAAAAAGUUCUUAUGAAAUGUAAUUCUGGCAUCAGAAAUAAAGUUGUCGAUAUUGAAUUGACUUGGUUGCAUGCACCACUAGAAGAUCAAACUAUGGAUCUGUUAAGUCUACUUGCUGAUGGAUUAGUCUCUCCUUUACUCUGUCAUCUAGUCGGUUUGCCUUUAGUUCAAGUGACACUGGAUCGAGUGUAUACAGUUGCAGACCUACGAAAUAUCUUUAGUCCAGGCGAUCCAGAUGCAUUGAAAAAAUUCAUUGAAGGACCUGUAUUAGAUGAUACAAAUUUUCCACCUUUAACAACAAAUUCAGAUGACUCGGGGCCUUUAGAACAUCAUGGAGUUUAUGGAAUAUAUGAUAGCUGUCUACCUCCUGAAUGUAUGCUACGUAUGGAGAAUACAAAGCUUGAAUUGAAAUCUCGUUUUGAGAAGAAUGAUGACAGCGAUAAUGAUGUGAUUAUCGGGGAUGGAGAUGCAGAUGGCGAUGUUGAAGCGGCUGAUUACAUUCCAAUAUGCUUAUUGUGUCCACUUACUCGAACAAGAAUUGAGAUUCCUGUAAGAUCGCAUAAUUGUUCGCAUCUUCAAUGUUUCGAUUUAAGUUCCUAUCUAACAAUGAAUCUGCGUCGACCUCGUUGGACAUGUCCAAUAUGUAGUACACAUUCACCAUUUCGUGAUUUAAGAGUUGAUGAAUUAUUUAUGAGUAUUAUUCAAGAUCCACGUAGUGCUAAUCUUGAAUUUGUUCAUGUGGAUUCAAAUGGUGAUUGGCAUUUAAACAGUUUCCGUAGUACCAAUGCUGCUCCUACUGCUAGUGCUACUGCUACUGCUACUGUUCCUACUACCAAUGAUUCACACACUGACGACAAAUGUCCACCAGCUACACAAAUCAAGUCUACCGACGAUGAUGCCGCAUCAAAUAAUAAUCAAGGAGAUAAUAAUGAUAGUGGUUUGAUAGAAACUGAUAGUGUUGUCAAGGAGGAUAAAACAGAAAGCGGCGGUGGAGGUGAUGGAGAAAGCGGCAAUUCCCCUGAAAAAAGUCAAAGCAUAAUGAAUGAAUCCAAGGAAACGGUGACAUCUGUUGACAGUCUUGAAGCUACUACUAAUACUACUGCGACUACGACGACGACGACUUCUCCUACUGCCACUACCACUAGCACUACUGGGGUAAGAGAAAAUCGUCAUUCAGAGGAACCUAUAGUGAUUAUAUUAAGCGAUGAUGACGAUGAUGUUGUUAAUGAGAAUGAAGGUGCCGGUGGCGAAAAGAAUGAAGAAGGUCAUCCAUCCAGCACUCAUAGUGAAUUAAGAAAUGAUAAUGAAAAUAGGAAUUCUACUGAUAAAUUAAAGAGUCCUGUACGUAAUCACUCUGUACCACAUACCGAUGAAAAGGUCAAUGGAAUUACACCAAUUCCUCUUUCAAAAUAUACAACCUUUGAAAUUGAUUUAACCAAUGAUGACUCUUCAGACUCAUCACUUAAUGAUGAUACACCUAGUAGAAUAUUAGAUAAAGUAAGAUCAUUUAAUAAACAACAUCAACAACAACAACAACAUCAGCAUCAUCGUCAGCAGCAGCAGCAGCGUAAUCGUCAUCCUCGUCAUCCUUAUACUAUUGUACCACUAGCACCACGACCGUCACAACCGCCACAACCUCAACAACAAUUAGUAAUCAAUAAUAGUGGAGAAGUUGGCCAACAACCAUUAUUCAAUUCAACAACAACAACACCAUCAUCAUCCUCGUCAUCAUCAUCAACAUCGACAUCAACAUCCUCUUCAGAGUCAUCUAUGCGUACACCUGAUCAACAACAACAACACCAACAGCACCAUCCUCUUCAUCAACAAUUAAGUCUUUGUACUAAAGGUGAUCCGUUGAUUGUCAUUAGUCCACUACCGGCAAUGAGUGUUGCCAGUGCAAUAUCCGGUUCACUUAGAAUCGAUGAUGAAAUUGAUAUGCAUUUAAUGAAUCAAUAUAAUUCCUUGAGAAAUGAACUUUCUAAAGAUGCCAAUAAACAAUUAUCACUUUUAAACGAUAAUAACAGUAAUAGUACUAUUAUUACUAUUACUACAACUAGUACUAAUAGUAAUACUAAUACUACUAUUACUACUACAAAUGACAGUGGUAGUAGUACUGGUGCUGGUGCUAGUACUGGAGCUGGUAAUUGGUCUAUGCUGUCUAUGCCGUCGUUUACUACAACAAAUGAUGCUUUGCUCAAUUCACUGAAUCCUGAAUCGGAAUUUUAUAAACAUUUAUUAGAAGUGACUGCAGAUCGAGUGAAUCAAACAUUACUUAAGCAUAAUUCAUCAAUGGAUAACAAUACUACUAAUACUACUAAUAGUAGUAGUGGUGCAAAUAAACGAAAAAGUAAUUUAUCAUCAAGUAGUUACAGUAAACGAAUUGACAAUCGAACAAAAUCCACUUCUAAGAAGAUUGUUUUAUUGGAUUCUGAUGAUGAAAUGAUUGAUGCUAUAUCGAAUUCCAUUCCAACUUCUCCGACUACUACUACUACUACACAUCGUCGAAAUGCUCAUAUAGUGAAAAUGCAACAAGUCACCGCUCUAGCUCGUCUAAUCCAAGAAAGAUCACGUCGUAUUAAACCUUCGACUGAAACAUCGAAAAAUCAAAACCAAAGCCAAAGUCUAGAGGCGUCGUCGACAGUCGACAAUCAUCAUCAUCAUAAUCAUCCGUCAACAAGUUAUACCACCAGCAGUAGCAAUAGUAGUAGAACUGUACAAAAACACAAUAAUACCCUCCCUAGAGAACCUUCUCCGAGAAGAAGAACACGUCCACUUAGACAAAAUCGUCGAAAAAGUCGAAUUGAACCGAUUGACAGUGAAAAUUCCUCUUGUAGUAGUACUAGUGAUGCUUGUUGUAUUUCAGAAAUGUCAUGUAUCUCAGAAUCAGGAGAAGAAGGAGAAGAUGAUGAAGAAGAAGCAGCAUCACGUGGAUCUUCAUUCAGUGGGUCACAGUUCACAGAUGAAGAUGAUGACGAUGAUGAUGAUGAUGAUGAUAUAUCGAUUGAGUCUUUCUCAUCCGACGAUCGUUGGUCACCGUCACGCGAAUAUACUUCCAAUAAUAAGAAACAAACAAACAAACGGAAACCUACAAAAGUUAGACGAUGAAAAUGUUGUAUUUCUCUAUUAUUGUUCAGAUUUCUUAACAUUGUUAUUAUUAUUAUUACCGGCUGUACUGGCAUUUCUAUUCUCCCUAUAAAGUUUGUACAGUUUAAUGUUGGUUUUGCCAAUUUCUAUUUGUAUAUUUGAAACAUGAUCUCUCAUUUGAUGAAUGAAUAAAAUAAAAUAAAAUUGUGUUAAUUAAUAUAUGUGUGUGUAAAACUUGGACACUGCGGUGGUAGUAAGUGAUUCCAUAUUAGUUUGUUUAUUAGAUGGAUAUAUCACAUAGUCAGUGAAACAGUAUUAUUGUUUCGCUGGAUGGCAAAAUUUCGAACACAAUUCAUCACUGUUCAUAA